AAAAUUUUUUUCUUUUCCACAUGUGGAAAACUGAGAUUUUUAAAAUUUAUUUUAAGGUUAUCAAGUCGUACUCCCUUUCUGUGCUCAGUGACAAAGCAGCACCCAAGGUAGAAUGUGCAGUAGCUCGUCAAGUCCUUACCUGGCUGCAUGUGGCCUGUCAUGGCCAGCCCCAAAGACUUUACCUAAUGCUAGACUGAGUCUCUGGAGAAAUCCACACAGGGAGACAUGGCAGCCCUAUCUACCUCCUGUGCCAUGGCCGCUUGCCGCUUACGCUAGAUUGAAAGCUACACCCAGUCGGCCUCAGCUGUCCUUCCUGCUCUGAGACUGGUGACUUUCAAAGAGGUGGGCAGGUGACACUGUGGGUGACGGGAACAAUGGGCCAGGCCACAGAGCAGGCCUCCCAGGGGACACCCGAAACGCCAACACAGGUGAAAAGCCGCGCAGGGUGUGACUAGGGACUUACCUCAGCAGCACGAAGACCUGGAGGCCCACAGCACCGAGCCCAAGUACAAACACGGUCCCCUGGCUGUAUGGGACACAAUGACGGAGGAGGCAUCAGAGUUUUCCUUUUAGAUCAGUGACUUCCUGUUCUCACCAUGGACAAAGCGGACAGGACGGAAGUGGUUCUCCUGUCAUGUGGCUCCUUUAACCCCAUCACCAACAUGCACCUCAGGCUGUUCGAGCUUGCCAAGGACUACAUGGAUGGAACAGGAGAGUACAGAGUGGUAAAAGGCAUCAUUUCUCCUGUGGGCGAUGCGUAUAAGAAGAAGGGGCUCAUUCCCGCACACCACCGAGUCGUCAUGGCGGAGCUGGCAACCAAGACCUCCGGCUGGGUGGAGGUGGACACGUGGGAGAGCCUGCAGAAGGAGUGGGUGGAGACCGUGAAGGUGCUGAGACACCAUCAAGAGAAGCUGGAGGCUGGCAGCUGUAAUCAGCCGCAGAACUCCCCUGUGCCGGAAAGGCCCGGCCGGAAGAGGAAGUGGACUGAACAAAGACAAAAUUCCACUCAAAAGAAACCCCCGGAGCCAAACCCAAAAGGUACGCCCAAGGUGAAACUGCUGUGCGGGGCGGACCUGCUGGAGUCCUUCGGGGUCCCGAACCUGUGGAAGCACGAGGACAUCGCGCACAUCGUGGCAGACUACGGGCUCAUCUGUGUCACGCGGGCCGGCAGUGACGCCCAGAAGUUCAUCUACGAGUCGGACAUGCUGUGGAGACACCGGGGCAACAUCCACCUGGUGACCGAGUGGAUCUCCAAUGACAUCUCCUCCACCAAGAUCCGCAGGGCGCUGCGCCGUGGCCAGAGCAUCCGCUACCUGGUGCCGGACCUGGUGCGGGACUAUAUCGAGAAGCACGGGCUCUACAGCGCCGAGAGCGAGGACAGGAACCUGGGCGUGACGCUGGCGCCCCUGCAACGAAACACCGCAGCGGCUGUGUCCUAGGACCCUCGGCCGGGACCCACACGCCUGCUGACCUGUGAAACAUUUGAUAAAAGUCAGCAGAAAAUAAAAAUCACAUUUGGGUUUUUUUUUUUACUUUUUGUCAGAGUUGCUCAAAUGA